CUACGCACCAUCGCCCGGUGUAUUCUGUGCCUGCUUACUUCGUGCUGUUAAAGACGGCAGGGGCAGCCACCACGUGCAAUGGCGCACCCCACGUGCACGUUCCCAGCCACCGGGAACGCCUCCUGCCAUGCUCCCAAAACUACAACUCCACUCCGAAGCAAUUCUAUCGUAUUUCGAUUUGGGGAGCGCCUUACGGGACAACAGCUCACUACGGCGACAAUUUGUCCAAUCGGCGCUGCUGCCCCGCACAUGUGCCUGAAUCGCCGCUUGAUCGAAUGACCUCAUCCGGGUCCCGAGGCUGCGCGAGAACAUGGGUACUCCGGAAAGGCUAUUUAGAGCACGCCAUGUGCUUCUCGCGUUUCUUUUCUGCGUCUUGAGCGCUUCGGUUUUGUUCGCUGGGUUUGAGAAAGGCAACGAAGACACGAUGUUGGGAAAUUGGAUACCAGCAGCAUUGCUGUUCCUUGCGCACAGCGUAUCAGCCGGAAGAUCCGCCGUCCGGUUGAAUCAGAUUCAAGUCAUCGGAACGCACAACUCAUAUCAUCGCGAAAUCUCCCUCAGCGAACGAGCCAUCUUUGAGAAAUACGUUCCAUCGCCCGAAGACUACUAUUACUCGCACUCAGACCUCUCCAACCAACUCCAACACCAACAAGUCCGCUCUUUAGAACUCGACCUCCACUCGGACGAAAACGGCGGCCUCUACUACCCUCCUCUCAUCUGGACGCUAUCCAACCUGUCCGACCCAGACACCACGCCCUUCAACGGCGCCGUGCUAAAGCAACCCGGCAUCAAAAUCUUCCACGUCACGGACUUCGACACCGACGCCGUCUGCCACACCUUCACCGCCUGUCUGCAGAACCUCAAGCAAUGGUCCGACCGCAACCGCAACCACGUCCCCAUCUUGAUCGACCUGGAGCUCAAAACCGACGCCGAAGCCUGCAUCAUCGGCGGCGUCUGCCCGGGCGAAGCAACAAACUGGACGCUCCCGCGGCUCCUCAACGUCGACGCGGAAAUCCGCUCCGUGCUGCCGAGCUCGCAGCUCCUCACGCCCGACGACGUGCGCACGCCCAGCCUGACGCUCGAGCAGAGCGUGCUGAAGCACGGGUGGCCGCUGCUCGAUGACGUCCGCGGCCGCUUCAUGUUCUACUUCGACAACAACCCCGAGGAGAACGGGACCGACGACCCGCGCACGCUCUACACCGCCAACGGCCACGCCUCGCUGCAAAACCGCGUUGUGUUCACCAACUCGCUCGAGGGCUCGCCCGACUGCGCGUUUAUCAAGCACAAUAGCCCGGACACCGCCGCCGACUUGGCGGAGAUCCAGCGGCUGGUGAAGAAAGGGUAUAUUGUGCGGACGCGGGCGGAUACGCCGAUUGGCACGGUGCUGGCGCGGAAUACGACGAUGCGGGAUAUGGGGUUGAAGAGCGGGGCGCAGGUUGUGAGUACGGAUUUCCCUGCUUGGGGCAUGAGUGCGAGGUGGGGGUGGGAUUAUGCGGUGAGUUUCGGGGGAGGGAAGGUCGCGAGGUGCAAUCCGGUGAGCGCGCCGAGGGGGUGUAGGGAUGCGGAUUUGGAGUAGGCGGUUUAGUCGGUGUAGCACAAGCAUUUAAAUUAGUACGUUGUUGUGUUGUGGCCCAAACGCCCUCGUGGUACAGAGAGCUAGACGCAUUGACCAGGUUGCUCAUUCGGUGAUUGGAGUCAUCGGUCAGCAGGGCCAUUGGUCAUGGCUGCCUAAUCCCUCGUUGGCAUGAUGAGCUCCUGGUGCACGGCCACGGGCUAUGACUGCAGGGGAAACAAAUGCUGAUCAAAGUGACCUGGGGCAGUCCAGACUUGUGAAACUAUGUAGGACGUGGGUCGCACGCGCUCUUGGCGAAUAUUGGGGUGAGAGUGAGCACCUAAGUGUGUACGAUGAGUUGUUUGAGUGCUGAUGGAGCCGGGAACGGCUGAUACAUACACUGUGGUAUUCGGCAUUUGCUACUAAUUCUCCACCUACUCGUGCCCAUGCGUAGGGAGCCACA